GCAGCUCCAGCAAGGGGAGGACUGGCCGUGGGCAGGGACGGGGACGCCCUCUCGCACUGCGUCUCCUCUUCGAUUGUACAUGCGUCUGCAGUAGUGCCCUUUUCGUCCAUCCUCUCCUCCCUCUCCCUCUCGCUCCUCCUCCCGCUCCGGGCGGCCUGCAUGACGAGACCAGCAGCAGCGCGUCUGUGGCGCGAGCUUGGGGAGAACGCGUUGGACACCACGUCUACAGGACCAAGAGGACCCAAAUACCAAGCAUCUUCUCCGCCGGAUGGGAAGCAUCCCCGUGGGUCCAGACUGUGACCACCGGAAAGCCCUCCUGUCCAUCUUCCCACACGGCCACCCCUCGCGUUGUAUUAUUUGUCUCGUCUUCCCAGAGGCAAGGGCAGGGGGGCCCGCUGGCCUGUCAUCGCUCGGCUUGGACGGCCUUACCUAGCGUUGGAUGCUUCCACUUUCACUCCACUCCCCAUGUCCUCUGGAUAACCCCGUCCACGGCCUUCGACGGACGCAUCGACAGAGUGUGAUGGCACAUAAUCCCGCCGAGGGCUAAUCCGCGCUACGAUUGGUACGUACCAGCAUAGCCGAAGUGCAGGCGAGAGAGCGUGUGCGUGGGCCUACAGGGCGAUGGAGGACAAGAGAGAAGACAGGACCGUUGAUACCCUCUCCCGCAUGCAGGGCACAUCCCUAUCACUAGACGCCCCACGCACCUUUCCUCGUCCUCCACACACCCAAAGGCAUACUUUUAUCCACAGCGUAUUCCCAUCCAUCCCGUUCCCGCUCCUUUUGCUCUCGUCCACCACAGGAGAUCCCUGAGCCAGGAAAGAGGGUGCCGCCAGCCUGCCGCCAUCCGCCGGCCGCUGCAUCGCGCACUCACUCGCGGCCUUGCCAGCCCGUUUGAUCUUCUUGAUGGUAUGCAGAGCUCGUGCCACCUGAGCAGAGCAGCAGCAGUCGUAGCGUGUCACCUCGACCGCCGAUAGGGCCCGUUGCCCAACGACGCUCCCUCACAUCCAUCAAGAAGGAACCGACACAGCGGCAGCGGCAGCUUCUUGUGGGUCGGCACGGAGGGCGCAACGGCGCGGGGAGCGAGCCAUGGCUGGGUCCGAGGAGCCGCAGCCACAGCAGCAGCAGCAGCAGCAGCAGCAGCAAUCGGUCGAGCUGCCCGCGACCAAGGCCCCCAAGGAUAAGAACUGCCCCUACUGCGGCCAGGCCUUCACGUCGUCCUCGCUCGGCAGACAUCUCGACCUGUACAUCAAGGAGAGGAACCCGAAGCCUCCAGAUGGCCUCCACGACGUCGACGAGAUCCGGAAGAUGCGAGGGAGCAUCACGAGGAGGCAUCCGCGUGCCUCGCUCGGCCGCCGGGAGACGCUGACCCCUGUGGGCACCCCGACGACCGCGUCCAGGAGGAGUCCGCUUUCGGACGCCGAAGGGUCCACGCCCAGGUCUCCUGCCGUCCCCAAGUCGGCCACUGUCGGCGGCCACGGCUUUGGAGGGAGAUGGGAUGGCGGUGUCGGCUCGGCUGCCGGCGACACCCCGGGCGGCCGGAGUGUCGACCAGGCGCCAGACUCGGCGAGGAGACCGGUGCCGACGAGGGCCGUCAGCAGACACAUGGUCAAGUCCCAGUUCGACAUGAAGCAGAAGAUCCAGGAUGCGCUAGACACGUCGAGGGCGGCCGAGUUGGCGCUGCGGGAGCUUGUUAGCUCGUGGAAGGCAGCCAAGACCCAUAUCGACGUCAACUCAAUGCCAUUCGACUUCCAGCCGCUAUCACUCGACUUCCCAGCACUGGCGCUACAGUGCCUACAGACGCCGCCGACCCUCUUCUCCUCAACGCAGCACCCAACCUCAACCUCGUGGUCCAUCCUGCCACCCGGCCAGAAGCAGUUCGAGGCGUUGACGGCUUACUUCCGCGACGAGUUCCAGAGGUGGAAGGUCAAGUGCGCCGCCGCCACGACCGCCAUCGAGGAAGAUCUUAGCUAUCCCUCCGCCCACAGCGCUGCCCAUGCCGAAAGCAAGGAGGCCAUCAAGACAGCCGAGAAGGCUGCCGAGACUCUCGAGGCCCAGGUGACGGAGCACUUGCAGUCGGCGUAUGCGGUUUGGGAGGGGCUCCCGCCUCAGCGACAAAGCGAGCUGUGGGUCUUGGAACUCGCUCGCGGCGUGGGACGCAAGCAGAGCGAGGUGGACAAGCUGAAGGAGACGCAGCAGUCGAUGAAGCAGGAGAAUGCUCACCUCAAGGCACAGAUCGAGCAGCUCAGCCGUGUACAUCAGCCACGGGAGUUUAGCAUGCUCUCCCCGACCACGAUACCCAUGAAGGAGGGCAUGCUUGACUUCCUGCACGAACAGAGUGUCGUCCAUGGCCGCAAGGGUGUGGCUUUCACUCUGGACGACAGGCAGUCGGACGUGAACACAAUUGUUGCCCGAACUAUCGACCGGUGGAAGAGCGUCAUCGUCACUGCCAGGUCGGCCAACACCCUGAACGCCCAGAGGCCGCUAGAUCAAGCCGCGGCGCCCCCACCCCCAUCAGCACCUCCGGCAGAGGGCGCCUCUCAAGCGACAGGCGCGACUGCUGCCACGACGCCCGUGACGGCAGCUCCUCCGCCGAGGUCGCAACAGUUGCAGCAGCAGCCACAACCACAACCGCAGCAGCAGCCUAAAAUCCCCCCGGUACCGUCCAUACCACAACAGCACAUACCAGUUCCGACACUGCAACCCGCACCGAAAUCACGAAACCUGGAGACAGCCACAGUGUCUUUCGAGCAGCCAGUAGCCGCAACUGCCAGCCCGCCUGAGCCAUCGCCAGUCGAAGUGAAGAGCACGCCACUAUCGCUCGAUGAUACGAGCGACCUGGAUGCCGAUGCCGAGAUGGACGAUGACGAGGAGGGGUAUGCCGCAAUGAGCGCACCGUUGGCCAAACCCAUGGUCACAACUGCACCUCUAGCUAUGCCAAUGCAGGCAACGCCGAAGCUUGAAGUGCAGCGCACGAGGGGGCCUGCGCAACGGACAACGACAGCAGCCGGUAGUCCGUAUGCGAGGAGUGCCAGCCACGCGGCGACUGGCGCUGGUGUUCGUGGCAAGGGCUCCGCGCUAAGCAACCGCUCCGUUACCAACAUCGGUUCGGCCAUGCAACGUCACGUCGCCAGGGGAGGGAGCAUGUCGGCUUUUGCGGCACAACCCGACAUGAGUGUCCCCAUCCAGGACACGGGUGGCGGCGGCGACCCUAUGUUUAUGGACUAGCUGACCAACCCUGCGUUCCACCCAAGUAAUCAAGGGCCCUGAUGGUUCGCGGGGGUCAGCUGUCAUCGCCCCAAUGCCCCCAGGAGCUAUGAGCCCCUGGUCUCGUGGAUGCUGAGACCUCGGGAAGAUUAGUUGUCACAGUGAUACCCAAACACCACUUACAUUAAUAUAGGCACCAACUUCGCAGGGCACCGACAUGAUGCGAAGGCAUGACCGUCGCGUGCCUUGAGCGGAGGUGCCUAGAAUACCACCCACCAAACGUCGCUCGCCAGCACAUUUUCCUUUUUCCAUUUCGCUUCUAUUUUGGCUGCUGACCUGGGUCUUAUUUAUUCUUGUAAUCAUACUUUCAACGGGAGCCGUCUCUCUGCAGCCUGAGGAGACGACUCCCAUCGACCCUUAACUUCAUGAUCUUCUUUCUCAUUUUGCAAUGUUUUAUUAGCUUCCGUCCGAGUAACGUCUCGAGGGAGUGUACUGGGCACUCGGCGGUUUCAUUUAUUGGGGGUUUGGCGACACAACAUGCCGGGGAUUUUCGAUUGUUGUAAUAGACGCAGCGCUCGCCGCGCCCAGCUUUUAGGAGAAAACGGAUU